AUGAUCAAGACAGAGAAGCCACAUCCAGAGCGCCGACUGCGAGGGGUCCUGGAGGAGCUGAGCAGUGGGUGCUUGCGCUUCGUCACCUUGGCUGAGAAGGAUCAGCACCACCCAUCCCGCACCAGGCUGGACAGGGAGAGGCUCAAAUCCUGCAUGCGGGAGCUGGAGAACAUGGGGCAGCAAGCCACGGCCCUGCGCUCACAGGUGAAGAAGAACACCAUGAAAGAGAAGAUGAAGCUGGUGCAAAACUUCCUGCAGAAACUCCGGUUCUUGGCAGAUGAGCCCCAGCACAGCAUUCCUGACAUCUUCAUCUGGAUGAUGAGCAGCAACAAGCGCAUCGCCUACGCCCGCAUCCCUGCCAAGGACAUCCUCUACUCCAUCGUGGACGAGGAGAUGGGCAAGGACUGUGCCAAAGUGAAAACCAUCUUCCUCAAGCUACCUGGGAAGAGGGGCUUUGGACCUGCUGGCUGGACAGUUCAGGCCAAGAUGGAGAUGUACCUGUGGCUGGGCCUCAACAAGCAACGCAAAGACUUCUUGAGUGGCCUGCCCUGUGGCUUCGAGGAGAAGAAGAUCACCAGAGGCCAAAACCUGCCAUCCUUCCCACCCAUCAGCCUCCUCUACACCAAGAAGCAAGUUUUCCAGCUGAGAGCCCACAUGUACCAAGCCAGGAGUCUGUUUGCAGCUGACAGCAGUGGCCUCUCAGACCCAUUUGCAAGAGUCUUCUUCAUCUCCCAGAGCCAGUGCACGGAGGUCCUCAAUGAGACCCUUUGCCCAACCUGGGACCAGCUGCUGGUCUUUGACAACGUGGAGCUGUAUGGAGAAGCCCACGAGAUGAGGGAUGAUCCCCCCAUCAUUGUCAUCGAGAUCUAUGACCAGGACACAGUGGGCAAAGCUGACUUCAUGGGCCGUACCUUUGCCAAACCCGUGGUGAAGAUGUCUGAUGAGCACUACUGCCCCCCACGCUUCCCCCCCCAGCUGGAGUACUACCAGAUCUACAGGGGCAACUCCACAGCUGGUGACCUCCUGGCUGCCUUCGAGCUGCUCCAGAUUGGCCCUGGAGGCAAGUCUGACCUUCCCCCCAUUGAUGGCCCAACAGAACUGGACCGAGGUCCCAUCCUGCCGGUGCCACUGGGGAUUCGGCCGGUGCUGAGUAAAUACAGAGUGGAGGUCUUGUUCUGGGGGCUGAGGGAUCUGAAGAGAGUGAACCUGGCCCAGGUGGACCGGCCCCGUGUGGACAUUGAGUGUGCUGGGAAGGGGGUGCAGUCAGCCCUCAUCCAGAACUACAAGAAAAACCCCAACUUCAGCACUUUGGUCAAGUGGUUUGAAGUGGAUCUCCCAGAGAAUGAGCUUCUCCAUCCCCCCCUCAACAUCCGGGUGGUGGAUUGCAGAGCUUUUGGGCGUUACACCCUGGUGGGCUCCCACGCCGUCAGCUCCCUCCGCAAGUUCAUCUAUCGCCCAGCGGAGAGGAAAGCCCAGCACUGGAACAUGACAGGGGAGAUCGUGGUCAAUAUGGAACCUGAGGUUCCCAUCAAGAAGAUGGAGACGAUGGUGAAGCUGGAAGCUAACUCUGAUGCAGUGGUGAAGGUGGACGUGUCUGAGGAAGAGAAGGAGAAAAAGAAGAAGAAGAAGAAAGGAGGAGGGAGGAGAAGAAGUAGAAGAGGAGAGCCAGAUGAGAGCAUGCUGGACUGGUGGUCCAAGUAUUUUGCUUCAAUUGAGACCAUGAAGGAGCACCUCCGGCAGCAGGAAGCGGCGGCAGCAGAGGCAGAGGAGAAGGAAGAUCUGGAGAUUGCAGAAGGCUUCAAGAGUCAGGUGAAGAACAAGGAGAAGUCCAAAGCACCCAAGGAGGACAAGAAGAAGAAGCAGCAGCCAGUCCCUGAGGUCCCAGAGAAGAAGAACAAGCAGAAGAUUGAGGAGCUGAAGGUCUUCAACAAAGAGCUGGAAACUGAGUUUGAUAACUUUGAGGACUGGCUGCACACCUUCAACCUGCUCCGUGGGAAGAUUGGGGACAACGAUGACAAUGCCACAGAAGAAGAGAGGAUCGUGGGGAGGUUCAAGGGCUCCAUGUGUGUCUACAAAGUCCCACUGCCCGAGGAGGUCACCAAGGAGGCAGGAUACGACCCCAACUUUGGGAUGUUCCAGGGGAUCCCCAGCAAUGACCCCAUCAACGUGCUGGUCCGGGUCUACGUGGUGAGGGCCACGGACCUUCACCCAGCUGACAUCAAUGGGAAAGCUGACCCCUACAUCGCCAUCAAACUGGGGAAGACAGACAUUAAAGACAAGGAGAACUACAUCUCCAAGCAGCUGAACCCUGUUUUGGAAGUGAGUUCCCUAUCCUUUGACAUUGAGGCCACCUUCCCCAUGGAGUCCAUGCUGACAGUGGCCGUGUACGACUGGGACUUGGUGGGCACCGACGACCUCAUUGGGGAGACCAGGAUUGACCUGGAGAACCGGUUCUACAGCAAGCACCGAGCUACCUGUGGGGUGGCACAGACCUACUCCAUGAACUACUUCCACCUGCCCUACUUUGAGAAGAAGCCCUGCAUCUACAUCAAGAGCUGGUGGCAGGACCAACGCCGCAGGUUGUACAACGCCAACAUCAUGGACAAGAUUGGGGACAAGCUGAGGAGGUGUCCCCACAAAAGGGAGCAGGAGCAGGGAGGGUUUGACCUCCUGGAGCACAGGGAUGAAGCAGUUUUGUGCCAGAGCCUCCUGCAUGGACUCAGCUAA